AUGCAGCAGUUGUUCCUUGUUUCAUACAACGGCUUGAUCUAUACCCUUCAGUAUGCGGAGGGGGAGUCCCCGAAGAAGGCACUGAAGAUUAUUGCAGAAUCAAAAGACUGCGCGGUUCCAUCAUGGGUUACCUUGGACAGCAAACGCAGACGUUUAUAUGGCUUGGCGAAUGAUAAGGAAAAAUGGUCGGGCACUCUGAAGACUUUCCUGAUUCAAGCCGACGGGAGCCUGGAGGAGAAGAGCAGUGUUCCAGCUCCGUUUGGAGCCGCCUUUAGUACUUUGUACGAUGAUGGCAAAGCUCUGGCCGCUGCAUACUAUUAUGAUCCUGCUGUUGCAACUUACAAUGUUGAAGAUUGCUCUCACAUCAGAAAACUCCAAGAGCUGAGGUGGCCCGAAAUUGGACCUGGUCCGGGUAGAGCACAAGAGCAUUCUCGGCCACAUCAAACGUACAUUGACCCGACAGGGCGUUACCUCAUUGCUGUCGAUUGUGGCGCAGAUCGUAUCCAUGUCUUCACCAUAGGCGCAGACCACGAGGUGACCGAAGUCGGCGGUCUCGAUCUUCCGAGACCUUCGUUCCCAAGACACGUUGCAAUGGUGGUGGUCGGGGGUAAGACGCUGAUGUAUAUAUUGAACCAGGAUAUAUGCACCUUGGCGACAUACCGAGUCGAAUAUCUGGCAGAAGGCGGUCUGUCCUUUCACCAAGAAGGCGAGGACAUUAACCUCUUCGUGCGAAAUGAGAGGGUGGUCAACGUGGACCUUGCGUUGCGUCCUACAGCGUCUCAUAUGGUUCUGUCGCCUGAUAAUAGGUUUGUGAUGUGCUCAAUGCGGAGAGACGACGCAUUCGAGAUCACGUCUCCUUUGGAUGGGAACUCGACUAUGCUUGCCGAUUCAAUUCUGACUUUGAAGGUCCAUCCAGAGACAGGUGCCUUGAGCCUGGCACAUGAACAGCAUGCUGGUGGAAACAUCCCGCGCCAGUUCUGUAUGAACCCUUCUGGAGACCGAAUCGCUAUCUGUCAGGAAGCAAAUGGUUGGGUUUCGAUUUAUGAACGAGAUGUUGAGACGGGAAAGUUUGGUAAGCUGUUAGCCAUCCUCGACGGACUUGGUGAGCCUGUCUGCAUUCAAUGGGAUGCUUAG